ACGUGGGUGUCGGUUGGGUGGUAUGGCGCUCCAAGGAGUAUCUCCCGAAGGAUCUCAUCUUUGAGCUGCAUUACCUUGGUUCAGUUGAAUACUCAUUCUCGCUCAACUUCUCCCGUCCUGCCGCACCCAUCAUCGCUCAAUACUUCAAUUUUAUCCACCUCGGAUUUGAGGGAUACCGCGCGGUAGCUAAAGAUGAUCUCAAGAAUGCAAGGCUCUUGAGUCGUGCUCUUGAGAAGUCUGGGUGGUACACAGUGCUCAGCGAGAUACACCGACCAAAAGCCGAAAAUAUCCUUCAGAAGAAUGCUCACAACGACUUCGACGAAGAAAAUAUCGAGAACUAUGAAGAAGGUCUUCCGGUUGUUGCAUUCCGGUUCUCCGACAGUUUCCAAGGGUCGUACCCUGAAAUUCAACAGAAAUGGAUUCAGACUCUUCUGCGAGCUAAAGGGUGGAUUGUCCCGAACUAUGAACUUGCCCCUGACUUGGAACAGGUUCAAAUCCUUCGGGUCGUCGUCAGAGAGAACAUGACUGAAGCGUUGGUGGACCGCCUGUUAGAAGAUAUCGUCGAGGUUACUCAAGACCUCAUUAAGCAAGAGUCCCCGACACAUGCCCUCAACUUACUUGGAAACCACAGCCGUAAGAACCGUGACAAUACUGGUAAGAUGGACGAAGGCUCUGCGUCCGGGUGCUCCGGUACAUACGCGAAGCCGUGUUAGAGCUGGCAGAGGUGAAAGAGCGGUAGAAAGAUUCAUUUUGGCGAUAUUUGUGCAACAUAGUACUGGAUAUCCUGUAGAAAGUAUCAGAAAAGGUUAAGGAAUUGUAAAGAUUAGGCCUGCUGAGGGCCAGGAAUAUGAAUCACGAGGUUUUAGAGCACC